AUGGCUCCCACGGUUCUUUGGGUUGGCCUCGGCAACAUGGGCCGGGGCAUGUGCAGAAACGCUGUGGAAAAGGGCCACUCGAGCUCGCCAGUCCUCCUCUACAACAGAUCGGUCCAAAAGGCCGUUGACCUGAGCCGCGAGCUGCCCGCAGGCAAGACCGAGGCCGUCGACUCGCUGGUGGCCGCGGUGCCCCGAGCCGACAUUAUCUUCAGCUGCCUUGCUCAUGAUGAAGCUGUGAAGGAGGUAUACCAGAUCAUGCUCGGCAGCGACGUCAAGGGCAAGCUCUUUGUCGACUGCUCCACCAUCCACCCCGAGUUGACCGAGGACGUGGCCCGAGACGUCGCCGCGCGUGGAGCCGAGUUCGUGGCCGCCCCAGUCUUCGGCGCCCCUGAGGCUGCAGAGGCAGGGCAGCUCAUCGCCGUGCUGGCAGGUCCGCGGGCCAGCGUCGACCGGGCAAGGCCGUGGUUCAAGGGCGUUAUGGCCGGCGUCGAGAUUGACCUCAGUGGCGAGCCCUACAGCAAAGCCACGACCCUCAAGGUGCUCGGCAACACCUUCGUUUUCAACAUGAUCGAGCAGCUCGCAGAGGUCCACGUCGUCGCCGAGAAGUCGGGGCUGGGGACUCGGCCAGUCCACCAGCUGGUCGACGCCAUCUUUGGCGGCGUGUACACGGCACUCUCGACUCGCAUGCUCACCGGGGACUAUUACAGGCGCCAACAGCCGCUCUUUGCAGUCGACCUGGCCCGCAAGGACGUCCGCCAUGCCAGGGCCAUUGCUGCGGCUGCCGGUGCCGAGCUAAAGACGCUCGAGGUGGCCGACGCCCACUUUGCCAAGGUGAAGGAGCAGCGCGGCGAGACGGGUGACAUGGCGGGCAUCUACGGCGCCGCCAGGCAAGACGCAGGGCUCGCGUUUGAGAAUGACAACGGCGGGAGCCUCGAUGAGGAUGUUCAUGGCGAGGCUGGGAGGCGUGAGUAG